CUUUUGCCCUCUGCAUAAACCCUACACCUCCUUGAAACACCCUACGCUCUAAAACAACUCACACCUGCGUAUUCUGCUGAAUUCUCACGGAUUAGAAGCCUCUCACUGUAGCCGCCACCGCGCACGUCUCAGCCCACUGCCAUCCCUCUUCGCUGUCAAACCCACCGUUGCAGGCACCAAGAGAUAACCAGAUACGUAGUGAUGAAAAACCUUGAAGAGGAUGAGAAUGGAGUGGUGAGGGAAGAAUCGCAGAUGAAGGAGAAGAGAAAGGGGAAACACGAUAAACCGAAGCCAUGGGAUGAUGAUCCUAAUAUCGAUCAUUGGAAGGUGGAGAAGUUCGACCCUUCUUGGAAUGAAGGUGGCAUGCUCGAAGUCAGUUCCUUCUCCACUCUCUUUCCUCAGUACCGCGAGAAGUACCUCCAAGAAGCAUGGCCUACGGUCAAAUCCGCUCUCAAACAAUAUGGCAUCGCAUGCGAACUGAAUCUCGUUGAGGGUUCCAUGACGGUUUCAACCACAAGAAAGACUAGAGAUCCCUAUAUUAUCGUCAAAGCCAGGGAUCUCAUCAGACUUCUCUCAAGAAGUGUGUCUGCUCCUCAGGCCAUAAAAAUACUUGACGAUGAAAUACAAUGUGAUAUCAUCAAAAUCAGUGGUUUGGUUCGCAAUAAGGAGCGAUUUGUAAAGAGGAGACAACAUCUUGUGGGUCCCAAUUCAGCCACAUUAAGAGCUCUUGAAAUACUCACUGGUUGCUACAUUCUCGUCCAUGGAAACACAGUUGCUGCUAUGGGUUCGUUUAAAGGUUUGAAACAAAUCAGAAGGAUUGUUGAAGAAUGCAUGCUGAACAAAAUGCAUCCUGUAUACAACAUUAAGAUUCUUAUGAUGAAGAAAGAACUUGAAAAGAACCCGGACCUUGCCAAUGAGAACUGGGAUAGGUUCCUUCCAAAAUUCAAGAAGAAAAACGUUAAGCAAAAGAAGGCUAACUCUAAACAAAAGAAACCAUACACUCCAUUCCCUCCACCACAACAGCCCAGCAAGAUUGAUAUACAAUUAGAAACUGGAGAAUACUUUUUAAGUAACAAGAGAAAAUCGGCAAAGAUAUGGCAAGAGAAGCAGGAGAAGCAGGCUGAAAAAACUGCUGAAAGCAAAAGGAAACGAGAAGAGGCCUUUAUCCCUCCCAAGGAGCCGGUAAAGCCUGUGGAUAAAUCAGAGGAUGCUGCCAAUAACGUAGCUGAUAUUGCAAAGUCCUUAAAGACAAAGACAGAGAAGUUUGGGAAGCGUAAAUCUGAAGAAAAUCUCAAUGCAGAGACAUAUAUCAUGGGAUCCUCGGAACACGCAUCAAGGAAGAAAUCCAAGAAACAAAAGUCUUCGGCAUAAUGUUCAUUUUGAAUUUAAAUUAAUUAUUGUUAAAUUGUGUUUUAUUUUUUAUUUACUUUGCCUAGAUUAGAUGAUUCGAAUUCAUUUGAAGAGGUGAGAACUGGUUUUAUGCUUCGUUAAGGCCUAUGCUCAAUGAUUCACAGUUUGGUUUAGGAAGUUCCACAACCAACACAUUUUGGUAUGUUUGCUGACCAAUUUUCUGCUUUGCAUAUUGCAAUAACAAUAUUGUGAACUUCUUUUGUUUCUUUUGAGGAAUAUUGGUUGGUGCUUCAUUCA